CGUCGAGCAGGCCAAUGGGCGCCGGGGGGCGUGUCCAGGGCCUCGGGCUCAGGGCCUUUAUAACAACUUGGAAUGCUGUGCUUUACUGCGCGCCCUGGUACUGCUGUGGCUCCCCGUCCUGGUGCGGGACCUGUGCCCCGCGCUUCAGCCCUCCCCGCACAGCCUAUUGAUUCCCCUGCCGCCCUUGCUCACCUCCUGCUCGCCAUGGAGUCUCUGGUUUUCACGCGGCGCUCCGGCCCCACUCCCUCGGCCGCAGAGCUAGCCCGGCCGCUGGCGGAAGGGCUGAUCAAGUCGCCCAAGCCCCUAAUGAAGAAGCAGGCGGUGAAGCGGCACCACCACAAGCACAACCUGCGGCACCGCUACGAGUUCCUGGAGACCCUGGGCAAAGGCACCUACGGGAAGGUGAAGAAGGCGCGGGAGAGCUCGGGGCGCCUGGUGGCCAUCAAGUCAAUCCGGAAGGACAAAAUCAAAGAUGAGCAAGAUCUGAUGCACAUACGGAGGGAGAUUGAGAUCAUGUCAUCACUCAACCACCCUCACAUCAUUGCCAUCCAUGAAGUGUUUGAGAACAGCAGCAAGAUCGUGAUCGUCAUGGAGUAUGCCAGCCGGGGCGACCUUUAUGACUACAUCAGCGAGCGGCAGCAGCUCAGUGAGCGCGAAGCUAGGCAUUUCUUCCGGCAGAUCGUCUCUGCCGUGCACUAUUGCCAUCAGAACAGAGUUGUCCACCGAGAUCUCAAGCUGGAGAACAUCCUCUUGGAUGCCAAUGGGAAUAUCAAGAUUGCUGACUUCGGCCUCUCCAACCUCUACCAUCAAGGCAAGUUCCUGCAGACAUUCUGUGGGAGCCCCCUCUAUGCCUCGCCAGAGAUUGUCAAUGGAAAGCCCUACACAGGCCCAGAGGUGGACAGCUGGUCCCUGGGUGUUCUCCUCUACAUCCUGGUGCAUGGCACCAUGCCCUUUGACGGGCAUGACCAUAAGAUCCUAGUGAAACAGAUCAGCAACGGGGCCUACCGGGAGCCACCUAAACCCUCUGAUGCCUGUGGCCUGAUCCGGUGGCUGUUGAUGGUGAACCCCACCCGCCGGGCCACCCUGGAGGAUGUGGCCAGUCACUGGUGGGUCAACUGGGGCUACGCCACCCGAGUGGGAGAGCAGGAGGCUCCGCAUGAGGGUGGGCACCCUGGCAGUGACUCUGUCCGCGCCUCCGUGGCUGACUGGCUCCGGCGUUCCUCCCGCCCCCUCCUGGAGAAUGGGGCCAAGGUGUGCAGCUUCUUCAAGCAGCAUGCACCUGGUGGGGGAAGCACCACCCCUGGCCUGGAGCGCCAGCAUUCGCUCAAGAAGUCCCGCAAGGAGAAUGACAUGGCCCAGUCUCUCCACAGUGACACGGCUGAUGACACUGCCCAUCGCCCUGGCAAGAGCAACCUCAAGCUGCCAAAGGGCAUUCUCAAGAAGAAGGUGUCAGCCUCUGCAGAGGGGGCACAAGAGGACCCUCCGGAGCUCAGCCCAAUCCCUGCGAGCCCAGGGCAGGCUGCCCCCCUGCUCCCCAAGAAGGGCAUUCUCAAGAAGCCCCAACAGCGCGAGUCUGGCUACUACUCCUCUCCCGAGCCCAGUGAAUCUGGGGAGCUCUUAGACGCAGGCGACGUGUUUGUGAGUGGGGAUCCCAAGGAGCAGAAGCCUCCGCAAGCUUCAGGGCUGCUCCUCCAUCGCAAAGGCAUCCUCAAACUCAAUGGCAAGUUCUCCCAGACAGCCUUGGAGCUCGCGGCCCCCACCACCUUCGGCUCCUUGGAUGAACUCGCCCCAUCUCGCCCCCUGGCCCGGGCCAGCCGACCCUCAGGGGCUGUGAGCGAGGACAGCAUCCUGUCCUCUGAGUCCUUUGACCAGCUGGACUUGCCUGAACGGCUCCCAGAGCCCCCACUGCGGGGCUGUGUGUCUGUGGACAACCUCAUGGGGCUUGAGGAGCCCCCCUCAGAGGGCCCUGGAAGCUGCCUGAGGCGCUGGCGGCAGGAUCCUUUGGGGGACAGCUGCUUUUCCCUGACAGACUGCCAGGAGGUGACAGCGACCUACCGGCAGGCACUGAGGGUCUGCUCAAAGCUCACCUGAGUCGGGUAGGCAUUGCCCCAGCCCGGUCAGGCUCUCAGAUGCAGCUGGUUGCACCCGGAGGGGAGAUGCCUUCUCCCCCACCUCCCAGGACCUGCAUCCCAGCUCAGAAGGCUGAGAUGGUUUGCAGUGGAGCCCUGGGCAGGGCAGGAUAUGGGAAGUAGGCAAAUGAAAUGCAUCAAGGGUUCAGUGUCUGUCUUCAGCCCUGCUGAACGAAGAGGAUAAUAUAGAGAGGGGAACGGGAACGCCCGCGACAGAGUCCACAUUGCCUGUUUCUUGUGUACAUGGAGGGGCCACAGAGACCUGGAAAGAGAACUCUCCCAGGGCCCAUCUCCUGCAUCCCAUGAAUACUCUGUACACAUGGUGCCUUCUAAGGACAGCUCCUUCCCUACUCAUUCCCUGCCCAAGUGGGGCCAGACCUCUUUACACACACAUUCCCGUUCCUACCAACCACCAGAACUGGAUGGUGGCACCCCUAAUGUGCGUGAGGCAUUCUGGGAAUGGUCUGGAGUAACCCUUUGUUAUUUUUAUUUUUAUUUAUUUAUUUAUUUUUUUGAGACGGAGUUUCGCUCUUGUUGCCCAGGCUGGAGUGCAAUGGCACGAUCUCAGCUCACCUCAACCUCCGCCUCCCGGGUUCAAGCGAUUCUCCUGCCUCAGCCUCCCUGGUAGCUGGGAUUACAGGCGCCUGCCACCAUGCCCGGCUAAUUUUGUAUUUUUAGUAGAGACAGGGUUUCUCCAUGUUGGUCAGGCUCGUCUCAAACUCCCGACCUCAGGUGAUCCACCCGCCUCGGCCUCCCAAAGUGCUGGGAUUACGGGCGUGAGCCACUGCGCCCCACCUAACCCUUCCUUAUUUAGCCUAGGAGUAAGAGAACACAAUCUCUGUUUCUUCAAUGGUUCUCUUCCCUUUUCCAUCCUCCAAACCUGGCCUGAGCCUCCUGAAGUUGCUGCUGUGAAUCUGAAAGACUUGAAAAGCCUCCGCCUGCUGUGUGGACUUCAUCUCAAGGGGCCCAGCCUCCUCUGGACUCCACCUUGGACCUCAGUGACUCAGAACUUCUGCCUCUAAGCUGCUCUAAAGUCCAGACUAUGGAUGUGUUCUCUAGGCCUUCAGGACUCUAGAAUGUCCAUAUUUAUUUUUAUGUUCUUGGCUUUGUGUUUUAGGAAAAGUGAAUCUUGCUGUUUUCAAUAAUGUGAAUGCUAUGUUCUGGGAAAAUCCACUAUGACAUCUAAGUUUUGUGUACAGAGAGAUAUUUUUGCAACUAUUUCCACCUCCUUCCACAACCCCCCACACUCCACUCCACACUCUUGAGUCUCUUUACCUAAUGGUCUCUACCUAAUGGACCUCCGUGGCCAAAAAGUACCAUUAAAACCAGAAAGGUGAUUGGAA